UCCUUCAAGUCUUAUUGUUACUCAGUCUGGCGUUAGACUCCUGAGCUCAAAUGAUCUUCCUCCUUCAGCCUCCUGAGUAGACAGAAUGAUAGGUGUGCACCCUGGCUUCAAUUCCUCAUUUGAAAACUAUAGGAAGGGAUUUUUAAGUUAAAGCUUAGCUUUCUGUUAAUGUGGGUAGGAUUCCCAGCCAAGAGGUAGUCAUAACCAAGUAGUUUGUCUAUAGGGUAAACUGAGGAGUUAUUCACAGGACAGCCAAUGAAGUGUGUGAUGGGUUGCAUUCCUGAGGAACUGGAAGCGGGUUUGGAAUUUGUCCCCAGUCAGAGAUCUGAUAAUAAUUAAUAAUACACACUUGGCCCCUCCCCUGCUUGGGAGCCUGGGAGCUAGGUAAAGCUGCCUGCUGUCCAUUUUCCCACCAAGGUCAGGCCAGAGGGGAAGGGAAGAGUUGGACUUUGAAAUGAGGUUGCUAACUGUUUUUCUAGAUUUUCUUCCAAAAAGCAUUGUGUUGGCAAGAGAUGGGAUUUGGGGCGGCUUGUGGACCAUCACCUCCAGCCCCUAUUCUGCCUUUGGAGCUUGCAAAGCCCAUUCUGGCCUGCCAGGGCCUUGGCAGAGGGAGGCUGUUGUGUCCCGCCCUGCUCUGGGUGGGCCCGGCCUCCUCCCUGCUGGCCCACACUGGUCCUUGCUGAGCUGCAUCCUUUUGUGCCUUGUGUCUGCAGUUUAUUCAGUGGAACAUCCACAAGAGUGGCUUGAAAGUGUCUGACCACAGCCUCCCCUCGGACGCCACGGGCCCCUUUGUGCUGUCUGGUUACAGCGGCUACAAGCAGGUGCAAGUCCCCAGGGGCCGGCUUUUUGCUUUCGACUCAGAGGGCAACUACAUGCUGACAUGCUCUGCCACAGGGGGCGUCAUCUAUAAGCUGGGAGGUGAUGAGAAAGUCCUGGAGAGCUGCUUGAGCCUGGGUGGCCACCGGGCACCUGUGGUCACCGUGGACUGGAGCACUGCCAUGGACUGUGGGACUUGCCUCACUGCCUCUAUGGAUGGCAAGGUCAAGCUGACCACACUGCUGGCCCACAAGGCAUUAAUGGUCGGCUACCACUUGGGACACCUAGGCCUCUAACUCCUGGUGUGAUGAGACAGUGGGAUUCACUGUUUUUAAUCAAAGACGCAGCUCAGUAAGCCUGGGGCCUGACUCCACUUUGUGGGAAACCGUAGGGAUGGAAACAUUAAAAUCUGAGACCAAAAAGAGAGUCCUUCCCUCAUGGAUGACAGCCCAGGUGGCCGAGAGGAGGGUGGUGCCAUCGAAGACCCCCAAGAAGAGGAGGAUGGUGGAGGCUGCAGUGGCAGCAAGACGCCUUGAAGCGAAGACCGUGUACUGCAUGAAUGAGGCUGAGUUGGUGGAUGUGGCCUUGGGGAUCCUGAUUGAGGGCCGCACCCAGAAGCCCUGGGAAGAGCCAGCUGUGGCAGAUGCAGAGAAGACUGAGCUCUGCCCCACAGUAUCUGGGUCUCCUCAUUCGAGCUCUUGUGGCAACAGCGAGGAAGAGGACAGUGGGAACGACAGGCUGGCCCUGGGCCUCAGCCCUUCCCAGAGGCUGGAGACGUCCACCUCUGCCUAUAGCAGGAGCCCGGUGCAGCAGGAGGUGGAGGAUGUGUUCAAAUAUGUCAGGGAGAUAUUUUUCAGCUAAGGGAUGAACUGCCUGCUGGGCUUUUCUGCUGAGGGAAGCUGGGCACAGCUAGGGCUGCCUCCCCGGACCUGGUUGAGUCAUUGUAGCUAAGAAGCCUGGGACACCCUGGGCCUUGGAGACUUGAGUUCCUCCCACACUGUGCCUGCCUCUGGCUCAGCAAGUCCGGAAUCCCAGCCAUCUGUCCUGUGCAGUUACCAGGUUCCAGGGGAAAUGAGGCCAUGGGGUUCAGCUUACCGGAACCUAAUACUUUUCAAGGAGGAGCGUGGCCACAGAGUACAUUGGAAUUCGUAGAGUUUAGUCAGCACAAUCUUAGGGGAGGCCUGUGUUAAAAACAGCCUCUGUCCCAAGGCUGUGUGUCGGGGAUGCCAAGCACCAGGGCUGCCCUGCAGAUGGGUGAGCUAGAUAGGCCUCCCCCGUUCUUCCUGUGAAGUGAGAGUAGGACAGGAGCACAGAGGAUGGACUA